CGGCAUUCUCAUAUAGAUAAACACUCACAUUCACGAACACUAUCAAGUGGAAAGGCCCAGGAGUCGAGGAUCGCAACAACCCGGGUCAAUGAAGUGGAACCAUGAAAUAAAACAAUGGUGGGCAAACUUGAACAUUCUUGGGAAUUAUAAAACUACGGAGUUCCGAAGAAUCGAAUGUACAGGAGGUAUUGGCAAUCGGCGCGAUAAUUGCUCAUUAAUCAUCCUUCCUGUUGUGCUGGCUCGGUUUAAUUUGUAUUUGACUAUAACUAACUUGGUGCACUUCAGGUAGCAUGCGGAGAUGGAUCGCAUACACGGAUAUUUGCAUGUCUUAUCGGGAUAAAACUUUCUCCGAGUAUAGUUCCAGCACUAACGAGAACAAGUAUAAAUUCAACGCGGUUGAAUUGAAAAGGCCUCGGAGACGAAUGCCCAUUGUUGCAGUGAGUAGCCCUUUUGCGCUACACUAUACGCAUUUCAUUAAACCGACAUGUAAUAGCUCUUUACUUUUUCAUAGCAACUUGCCGCACAUUGCACACAGUCUUUUGUCGAUAUCAAUCAUCACCAUGAAGCUCUUUCGAAUCGUUUACAUCACAUUCCUUACUGCUUCCAGUGCCGCUGCCAGUCCCACUAGGGUGAUGACAGCAUUGCCUCCUCAAAUAUCCUGCAUAGGCCCAUGCAUUUCCUCUAAAGAAUCUUUGAACUGCCCAUCAGGGACAUCGCCUGCCUGGAUGGUUACGUGCUGGCGGUGCUGUGGCCCAAGUGGUUGAAUCUCUCCGUCAUUUUUGCUCUCAAUACAUGUAACAUGUAUAUCAUGUACCGUUUUCCAAAAAUUAACACAAACAAGAUUCCUCAGUGAAGCACAAACAGAGA